UAACGAAUACAAUCAUGCGAAGGAACAAAAUACAUAUAAAAAAUUUAACCUCCAAUCCCCAGGACUCUCAAAGGAGCAAACGACACAAUAGGUGGUCUGGGUUUCGAUUCUCUGAAGAUAUCAUCCCAAAUCCGCUCUUACAGUCAUAGGGUUUUUUUAGAAAGAAGGUUCGAACAAAAUGCUGGGCCGUCAGGCACUGAGAUCCCUGUUAAGAUCAGGAAGUGCAGGAGGAGGAAUAUGGAGAAGAUCAUUCGCAGAUGCGCCAACCAAUGCUUCGCCUGCGGCACACGAAGAAUUUAUCGCGGCAUGGAAGAAAGUGGCGCCCUUUGUUGAACCUCCGAAGACCCCGCUCUCAUUCAUGGCCGCCCGCCCCGAUGUCCCCACAUCGAUUCCCACUAAGGUCACUCUUAACUUCGUCUUGCCCUAUCAAACGGAGUUGUCCGCCAAAGAGGUUGAUAUGGUAAUAAUCCCUGCGACUACUGGUCAGAUGGGUGUAUUGCCAGGACACGUUGCAACUAUUGCUGAGCUCAAGCCUGGUGUAAUGUCUGUUCAUGUGGGAGAUGAUGUUAAGAAAUAUUUUAUCAGCAGUGGAUUUGCAUUUAUUCAUGCAAACUCCUACACUGAUAUUAUUGCAGUUGAAGCUGUUCCACUGGACAGGAUUGAUUCUCAGGAAGUCCAGAAAGGAUUGGCUGAUUAUACACAGAAAUUGGCUUCAGCGUCAACUGAACUUGAGAAGGCAGAGGCGCAAAUUGGAGUUGAAGUGCAUAGUGCAUUAAAUUUUGCCCUUACAGGAUGAAAUAAUGGACUCACAAUUUAAGUUCUGAUUGUUGUGUUGAAUGCCUGGAUUUUCUAUCAUAAACUGAGCCAUAGUAAUGUUGAAGCUUCAAAAAGCCUAUUUUUGAAUAGGUUCAAAGGGUGACAUGCUUGUUUUGUUAUGAAAUUUGAGAGAAAUAGGUAUGACAUCAUGGAAACCUAAUUUUAUUUUUGUUGGAAUCAAGGUAUUUUUAUUGGAUUCAUUGUUCAAAUAAAUGCCCUUGAUCAUGACUCAUUCAAGUAAAGAAUUUUUUGUUCCAUUCAA